CCGCAUUAAAAAGUUCCCAAACAAACGUCAACGUCAAAAAUUAAAAACUCGUGCUUUGGAGGAAUCGCCUCACAAAAAUAAUAAUUACGUAAUCAAAUAACACAAAAUAUACGAAACAAUUGAAUAGUUUGACAGUUUUGGUGUCAAGUCGCCUAUAAAUAUAUUUAUACCGAUUUAUUUAUUUUUUGGGCUAUAAAUAGCGUAUUUAUACACGUUUAAUGCGCCUUAGUUGCUGCUGCUAGACGCAUGGUAGAUUGGCACCCCCUUGUUUGAUGGCCGCUUAUAUAAACCGCACAAUUUCGUUGAUGGCGGGCGAUGGCCCCCACAAUAAAGCCAUUCCUGCGAGCAUGGUUGACCCUAGAAGCGCCCGACAGCCCCCUGACAACUCCCCUUUGCAGAUUUUUGUCAAAGCCAAGAAGAAAAUCAACGAUAUUUUCGGCGAGAUUGAAGACUAUGUUAAAGACGCAGUCGAGUAUAUGCACGAAAUCGAGAAACUGCAAGAAAUUGUUAACCAAGAAAGGGUUAAGAAAACUGAAGACUUUGUGAGUAAAGUGCACGGAAUUCGCGAUGUCUUGAGUCGUGACCACAUGAAAGUUGCGUUUUUUGGACGCACUUCCAACGGGAAAAGCUCAGUUAUUAAUGCAAUGCUGCGCGAUAAAAUCCUUCCCAGCGGAAUUGGUCACACGACUAAUUGUUUCCUACAGGUUGAAGGUUCACCGUCCGAUGAACCUUACUUGGUUCUUGAAGGUUCCACUGAACACUGUGCUGUGGAAUCUGUUGGCCAAUUAGCGCACGCUUUGUGCAAAGAAAAAUUGAACGAAUCGCAAAUGGUGCGCGUUUAUUGGCCGCGAAAUCGCUGUCUUUUGUUACGAGACGAUGUCGUGUUCGUUGAUUCGCCAGGAGUUGACGUUACGCCGAAUUUAGACGAAUGGAUCGACAAGCAUUGUUUAGAUGCUGAUGUUUUUGUUUUAGUAGCGAAUGCUGAAUCUACACUUAUGGUUACGGAAAAAAAUUUCUUCCAUAAAGUCUCGACACGACUCUCAAAACCAAACAUUUUCAUUUUGAAUAAUCGAUGGGACGCUUCUGCCACCGAACCGGAAUUUUUGGAUCAGCAUUGCAAUGAACAGGAAGAGGUCAGACGUCAACACCAAGAACGUGCCGUCGAUUUUCUUGUCAAAGAACUAAAAGUUUGUACACCGAAAGAGGCCGAAGAACGAAUUUUCUUUAUUUCGGCCAAAGAAGUACUACAAGCACGAUUAGCUGAACAAGGACAAACCGUUUCAACACCGCUAACUGAAGGUUUCCAGACGCGUUAUUUCGAAUUUCAGGAUUUUGAACGAAAAUUCGAAGAAUGUAUUUCGAAAUCGGCCGUCAAAACCAAAUUCGAACAACAUUCACAACGCGGAAAAUUCAUAGCAAACGAACUUCGCGAGGUUUUAGACGAUAUUUACAACGACGCGCAAAAACUAAAAGACGAGAAAUUGCGUCAAAAGAAAGAAGUACACGACAAAAUCAACUACACUGAAGAGCAACUAAUUAUAAUAACACAAGAAAUGAAGCAAAAAAUCCACCAAAUGGUCGAAGACGUCGAACAGCGCGUUUCCAAAGCUUUAAACGAGGAAAUCCGUCGUUUGAGUACACUUGUUGACGAAUUUAAUCUCCCCUUCCAUCCUGAACCUUUAGUUUUGAACGUUUACAAAAAAGAAUUGCAUUUGCACGUCGAAACCGGUCUUGGUUCAAAUUUAAAAGCCCGACUUUCAACAGCUUUAGCAAUGAACAUGGAAGCGAGUCAACGCGAAAUGACCGAACGUAUGGAAAAAUUACUACCAGCAAAUCACAAAGCGGCGUCUAAUUUUAUUUUACCGCGUCGGCAACCGUUUGAGAUUUUGUAUCGGUUGAAUUGCGAUAAUUUAUGCGCUGAUUUUACCGAAGAUUUAGAAUUCCGAUUCUCUUGGGGGAUUACCACGCUAAUUCAACGAUUUGCCGGCAGUGGCGCCAAUUUCCUCGCCUUGAAAAACAAACGGGAAAGUCCGCAAAAUUCAGUCAUCCCCUCCACUCCAACCGACCAAUACGAUGGUCGUAUUUUAUACGGCGGCCAGCCUUCAAUCAUUGAAGAUUGGUCGUUGAUUUCGCGAUUGGCUAUAAUGGGCGUGUCCUCGCAAGGUACAAUGGGCUGUCUUUUAGUUGCCGGGUUUUUGUUUAAGACAGUCGGUUGGAGGAUUAUUGCAGUUACGGGGGCUGUCUAUAGUUGUCUCUAUCUCUAUGAACGUCUCACUUGGACGAAUAAAGCCAAAGAAAAGAGUUUUAAGAAACAAUACGUCAAUCACGCUACUAGAAAAUUGAAAAUGAUUGUUGAUUUGACGUCGGCGAAUUGUAGUCAUCAAGUGCAGCAAGAGUUGAGCGGAACUUUUGCUCGAUUGUGUCACGUGGUCGAUGAAGCAACGGGCGAAAUGGAUAAGGAAUUCAAAGAGUUGGAGAAAGAUGUGGCAACGUUGGAAAAUGCAGCAGGAAGGGCUAAAGUUUUAAGGAACAAAGCCAAUUAUUUGGCACAUGAGUUGGAGUUGUUCGAGGAUGCGUAUCUUAAGAUACACCAUUAAGUUGUGAUAGUUUAUGUAUGAUAUUGGAGCAAUUGGCGUUUUCAAAUCUCUGCUCGUUAUUUUGCCAGAGGGACAUUAAAAUAGUGGUGAUUAUUUAAUUUAAGGUUGAACUGUGCAAACGAAAAGAAUUUCAAAUUGGAUUUUUAUGAAAAAUAAUUUUAAAGUCCAAACCACAUUAGCAACAGUACAUAUUUAUUUGAAAAGUUUUUUUCGUGUAAAAAUAAAAUGAGAAAACAUGACCAUUUUUUUUUUAAUUAACAAACAAUACAUAGUUUUUUUUUAUUUUUGCAAAAAUAAAAUGAGUUUUUUUUUUAAUGUUUUCGACUUAUAAAUUAAAAAUAGACCAUUUUGUUGUUUAUCUAAAAAAUUCAAUUUGAAUUUCGGUGUAGUUCAACCACGGCUCCCUUGAUUAACAAAUGUGGCGCCGUCAGUCGAACACAACCAUGGUAACAAACACGAUGCCUCCUUGAUUGGUCGAGGAAGCUACUUAACUUAUACAUAUUAUUGUAACUAAAAUUUAAUAAAUAAGAAUUUUAUUCAUUUCGAUUGGCAACGUUUGAGUCAACUUUAUUGCCUUGUAGUCAAAUAUUGUUAGUGUAAAUAAAGUUGUUGUUUUUA